UGACAAAAUGGAACCCACCAGCAGUGUGAGGAGACCUGAAAGUGGCACAUGGCAGAGUGUGGCGAUGGAGACAGCAGCAAUGGGAGGCCGUACAGGGACCCAUGAGACACUCUGGACCUGGCAGCAGCAUGAGGAGGCGGGUACAGGGGCCCAUGACAGAUUACAGGCCUGGCAGCAGCAAUGGGAGGCCCGUAAUCUGCCAGCACCCUAUGACAAAAUGGAACACACCAGCAGUGUGAGGAGACCUGAAAGUGGCACAUGGCAGAGUGUGGCGAUGGAGACAGCAGCAAUGGGAGGCCGUACAGGGACCCAUGAGACACUCUGGACCUGGCAGCAGCAU